AUGAGGAGUCUUACAGUCAUCGUGGUGCUUCUGCACCUGUGCGAUGAUGACGGUCUCUGCACCGAGGUCUGCGAGCGAGGCUCUGUCGAGAUAGACGUGUGGCUCAGCAACGCCAUCAAGACACAGCUUCAACUUGUUCGGCGCCUGCCGUUCUGCCUGGCUGUGCUGCUGGGCACGCACAACAGCGCCAUAACACUGGCAGAUGGCUAUGCCAACCGUGAUGAGUAUUUCCAGCUGUACUUCAAGUGGAUACGCUGGGUGUCCAGCGACUCUACGCUCCGCACAAAUGACCAGUACUUCAGCCUGACAGACCAACUGAACAUGGGGGUGAGGGCGGUGGAGUUGGACACUCACUGGGUGGAGGGGGAGUUGCGCAUUGCACACUGUGGGGGCUUCCAUGCAGCGCCAUUCAAUGUGCUCAUACGCGCCGUGAAUGUGGUCGCCAGCCUGCUGGGGCAUCCCAUUCACUGGGACACUGAGACCGUGGGCUGCAAUCCUUCGCUGUCAUCCAUCCCCGUCACCAUGCAGCGCAGCUUUGCUGAUGCACUGGCCGAGCUGUCCACGUGGCUGGCGCUCCCUGAGAACAAAGAGGAAUUUCUUGUGGUUUUCCUGGACGAUCAGAUGGACCUGCAGACAUGGGGCUUCCUUCCUCAGUUGAUGAAGGAGAUCCAGGAUGGAUUCCCGGCUGGGUCCAUCUACACGCCACCAGAUCAUGCCAAGCAUGGCAAUGUCUUGUGGCCGAGCAUCAACGACCUGUUGCUGGAUGGGAAGCGCGUCAUGUUUGUCAGCGGCGAGGACUAUGGCCCAGCAAUGGCACCAUUGAUCUUCGAGCGCAACAAUGGCACUGUCUGCAAUUGGCAGGAGCCACCUUUGGCGGACUUUGAUGGGACCCCGGAUUGUGUGGCAGACAGACGUCCUCUGUUCCCUGGGGACCGCCACACGCUGACUGGCACCCUGUUCCGAGUGACUACCUGCGAGCUGCUCUAUGGGCCACUGAAUUGCAACUUCAUCUGGAAGUCAGACAACCUGCCAAUACUGGAUGAGCUGUCAUUACCCGCCGUGGCUGCAUGCGGCGUUAACAUGCCCUGCCCAGACCUCCUCACGCCAGAGCGCGCUGCGGCUACCAUCUGGUCAUGGGCCCCUGGGGAGCCCUAUGGCAUUGCUGCUGCACAUGCCCGCCCAACCAUCUGGCAGCGCGCUCUUCAGUGGCUUGCAGUGGCCCUGUCACGGCAUCCAGACUCAUCACAGAGGGAGGCUGGCUACUGGCCCAUGGGGAAAGGGGGAGUUGCUCAGAUGGCUCAGCAUUUGAUGUGCCGCAUCACGCCAAAGAGAAUCUGGCGCUUCAGAGGCUCCUCACGAGAUCAGGGGCUGCGGCAGCGUGGCUACCGCUGCAAGACGGGCGCGUCGCAGCCCAUCAGCUGA